AUGUUGUCGAGUGUACUUCCGCUGGUACUGCUGUGUGCAGGCGUGCAUAGUCAGCACGCUGCAACGUUCAAUAUCAACUCAGAUGGCACCUCCAGUGUCGGUGGCAAUGUCGCACACGAACAUUGGAACAACUUCGGUAGCCAGCUGACCGGCGCGGAGAAGCUGAAUUUACUCCACAACACCAAGCACAAUCUGGACGCCAACGCCUUCGCCACCAGGCAUAUGCCAAACAUCCCGCAAGUGCCUAACUUCAACACCUACGGCGGUAAUCUGGACUACAUGAACAAGCGAGCUUCACUGCUCCAACCUUGGGUCCAGAACGCUGUCCGCAAAGCUCCUCCGCUUAGCACUGCACAACUCCCUUUGUCCACAGUGAACCCAACAAAAAACUACUUAAACGCACUGCCGAUCGCGUAA